ACACACACACACACACACACACGUUCUCAUUUCCCUUACCGUCUCAUUCUCCAUCCGCGCGUGAAAAUGGAGACAUCUUCCUUCUCCUCCUCCUCUUCCUCCCUCUUCUUCCUCCUCCUCCUCCUCCUCGUCGGUUUGGGGGCGGGGCAGGCAGAGGACAAGCCAUGCAUCCCCCUCGACAUGGGCCACAGUUCGUUCGUGUGUGUGUGCAACGCUACCUACUGCGACACGGUGCUGCCCCCAACGCUGCCGCCGGAAGGGGAGUACGUCCUCUACUCCUCGGGCAGGGAUGAGGGGCGCUUCGUGAAGACUCAGGGAUCCUUCUCCGGCAAGGUGGAAGGCUCCCCCCGCAGCGUGGAGUUCUUCCUCGACACCAUGACCACCUACCAAACCAUCCAGGGUUGGGGCGGCGCCUUCACCGACUCCGCCGCCUUCAACAUCCUCAGCCUCUCGCCCGACGCCCAGGACAACCUUCUGCGGUCCUAUUACUCCCCCGAGGGUCUGGAGUACAACCUGGGGCGCAUCAACAUGGGGGGCUGCGACUUCUCGUGGCGCACCUACACCUAUGUGGACACACCGAAUGACACGGCGCUGGACACUUUCGCCCUGGAACCCGAGGACCUGGAGUACAAGAUACCCGUGGUGAAGCGUGCCCAGGCCAUGUCCACGCGGCCCAUCAAUCUGUUCGCCUCUCCCUGGACUGCCCCGCCCUGGAUGAAGACGAACAACGACUAUAUCGGCUACGGACAGCUGCGCCCGGAGAUGUACCAACCUUGGGCGGACUACUUCGUCAGGUUCCUGGACGAGUACAAGGCGCAGGGCAUCAACUUCUGGGGCCUCACCACGCAGAACGAGCCGCUGGACGGGUACGUUCCCAACUUCUCCUUCAACUGCAUGGGCUGGACGGCGGAAGAGCAGCGCUUGUGGGUGGGGUCGAACCUUGGCCCAGCACUCCGCGACGCCGCUUACGACCACCUGAAGCUGAUGAUUAUGGAUGACCAGCGCAUCAACCUGCCGAACUGGGCCGUGACGGUUCUCAGUGACCCCGAGGCCGCCCAAUACGUCUCAGGCAUCGCUUUGCACUGGUACAUGGACCAAUACUACCCCCCCGGCGUGCUGACCGAGACGCACGACCUCUUCCCCGACUACUUCAUCCUGGGCACCGAGGCGUGUGAGGGGGACGGGCCGCUUGAGCAGGAGGUCAUGCCCGGCUCAUGGGAACGCCUGGAGCACUACGCCCACGAUAUCCUGGUGGACGUGAACCACUGGGUGACGGGCUGGGUGGACUGGAACCUCGCCUUGGAUAUGCAGGGGGGACCGAACUGGGCCAAUAACUUCGUGGACUCACCCAUUCUUGUGGACCAGGACAAGGACGAGUUCUACAAGAAUCCCAUGUACUACGCGAUGGGUCACUUCGCUAAAUUCAUCCCCGAAGGCUCCGUCAGGGUGUCUCUCACCUCGCCAGACCCCGGAGACAUCGAAGCUUCCGCCUUCACCAGAGCUGACGGCGCCAUAACCAUCGUCCUACUCAACAGGUCAGAUUCUGAGGAGCUGGUGGUGGUGGAGGUGAGCGGGAGAGGCACGAUGCUGCUCACCGUCCCUGCGCACUCCCUCCACACCGCCCUCUUCGUCUGAGAGAGAGAGAGAGAGAGAGAGAGAGAGAGAGAGAGAGAUAGGGUGUGUGUGAGAGAAAGGGGAUGGAAGUGAGAGCUAUACCAGUACUCUCAUGUUUCAGUAAAAAAAGAAAGGGAUUGUGAGUGUGUGUGUGUGAGAGAGAGAGAGAGAGAGAGAGAGAGAGAAAUAAGAAAGAAAGCGAAGAUUGUUGGAGUAGAGGGAAUGUAGAAGAAAGUAGCACCAGUAUCGGUAGUAAAACCAGUAGUAGCAGAAAUAGCAGUAAUGGUAGUAGUAGUAGUAGUAGUUGUAGUAGUAUCACCAACCACUACAUACUACUACCACCUAAGCUCAACCCUAACACUCUCCCUUUGUAAGUAAUACCAGCACUAACACCUGUUGAAUAAAAGUUAAUGCAUGCCUA